UUAAGGAAGGGAAAAACGGCUCACAGUGAUCUCGUUUCAGUCGGCUCUCCUCCGACCGAUACCCACUCUCUCCAGUUUCCAUUGAUCCCUCCCUCUGAAAUCCAAGUUUCAGCCCUAACUAUACGCUUCGGCCUUUUCUCCAUCGCUCCCUCUCGAUUUUCAGUCACAAGUCAUGGCUUUGCGUUCAGUGACUAGAAGGAUUGGAAGUAAAUUUUUUCCAAUGUUUUCUUCUGCCAAUUAUUUACAUUCACAUGCUACAAGUUUUGGAUUCAAAGAAGUGCCUGAAGAGGAAAAAAGCCGACUAGUUGGUAAUGUCUUUAGCAAUGUUGCUUCGAAUUAUGAUGUGAUGAACGAUUUGAUGAGUGCUGGAUUGCAUAGAUUGUGGAAAGACAGACUCGUUUUUGAGCUAAAUCCUUUUCCUGGAAUGAAGCAUCUUGAUGUGGCUGGUGGUACAGGUGAUGUUGCUUUCAGGAUUCUAGAAAGUAUUAAUGAUGUGAAACGUAGAGAAAGGCAAGAUGUUCAGGAAGAUGAUUCUCAGGAACAAACUCAAAUAUAUGUUUGUGACAUCAACCCACAUAUGUUAAACAUUGGUAAAAAGAGAGCCAUUGGAAUGGGUCUGGGAGAAGAAAGAUCUCUUAUAUGGGAGGAAGGAGAUGCCGAAGCUUUGAGUUUUCAUGAUAAUUCAAUGGAUGGUUACACAAUUGCAUUUGGAAUUAGGAACGUUACUCACAUUGAAAAAGUUCUAGAUGAGGCCUAUAGGGUUCUAAGACGAGGAGGAAGAUUUCUUUGCCUCGAGCUAAGCCAUGUUGAAGCUCCCAUAUUUAAGGAAUUGUAUGACUAUUAUUCGUUUUCUAUCAUUCCAGCCGUUGGAGAGCUAGUUGCUGGUGACCGGGAAUCCUAUCAAUACUUGGUUGAAAGCAUCCGUCGAUUUCCCUCACAGGAGAAAUUUGCUUCCAUGAUCGUCGAUGCAGGCUUCGAGAAGGUCGAGUACGAAAAUCUAGUUGGAGGAGUGGUUGCUAUCCAUUCAGGCUUGAAACUCUAGAACCAGCUUUUGCAUCCACUUGUAACUUCAUAACCAAGAGGUUGCUUCACUUUAGCUAUUUCUUAAUUCAUGAUAAAAAUGUCCCCAGAUGUUUCCUACUCUUUCCCCACAAGUUCUUAAAUCUCAAAAAUACCAA